CGAUCCACGCACAAGAGAUUACGGCCAUAUUGGAAGACGACAUCGAGGAAAACGAUGGUGGCAGAUCAUGCAAUUCUGCAAAUGACGAUAACGGAUCAGUGUAUGUCCUGCCACCACACCAUAACAGCAAAAACGAAAUUCGCUUGCACGAUGGUCAGCAUAUGUCACUAGUGAUGGUCAAUGCGCUACACGUAUCCAUUGCCAUGAUAACGUUACAUCUCAUGACCAGCAUUGCUCUUAUAUAUGGUUCUAUAAUGGUCGUACGCCAGAGUCUGCUGCCAUGGAUUGGUUUUACGAUAAGCGAACUCAUCAUCGUGCUGGCCUCGAUAACUGUUUGCAAUCCAAUGGAUCAAAAAAAAGUAGCCAUCUUACUUGCCACCGGAAUGUUCAUCCUCUUUCGACUAUGUCAGCUAGUAACAGUAUUGAGCUAUUACUGUCAACUCAACGCAGAACAAGGUUCAAGCUGCAUAUCACUGGAAGACCAAGAUGCAACCAGCACCAAGGCUGGCUAUCCUCAGAUUCCACCACCAGGAAAACCAUCUGAUGUCUAGUCUCUGCACUGCAAUGGUUAUGAUAACAAUCACAACUACUACCAUCAACCACUACCACUGAUAACCAUCACCACAACACCCGUCCAGACGGUUUAUUGCCAGCCUAAGUCGUGUUGUGGGAAAUUUUGAACAUGUUUGAAUGAGACGAGAAGUUUACAGCAGUGGUUCUUAAAUAUGACAACAAAAUGUCCCACCGUCAAGCCGAUUUAUAGACGAAAGUGAAUGAACAAAACAGAAAAAAAUGUAUGAUAAAGUUUAAAAGAACAAUGCUGGACAGUAUAGAUUUUUAUUGUGAGAAGCAAAAAAGAUUUUCAUCACCAAACAAUUCAGAAACUGAGAUAAUACUUCUAACUCAAAUCUUUCAUGAUUUUUUUAAAAAAAAAUUCUUUUUCCGUGUUAGAUUUUUACCUUGAUUAAAUUAUACUAAAAAAUCAGAUUUUUAGUAACUAGCUUACUUACGGUCAGAAGCAUAAGCUAUUUGAAAAGCAGUGAGAAUAAUUUAAAGCUCAGCAGUUCCCAAACGGUUUCAAUAAACGAAGAUCGAGACUUCAAAACAGAAUUUAGAACACGAAUCCUACUGAAUGAAUACUCAAACUGUCAGGAUAAUCAAAAUUAAAUAUUAAAUUUACAUUACAAAUUCUACAGAAACUACUGUAAGUUUCAAAAUCACAAAAUUUUACACAUUGUGAAUGUAUCUUAAGCAACAAAGUGCGUUGACUUUGACACAUAUUUAGACGGCUACAAAUUCGAGACUAUUUGAAAAAUAAAGCAGGCUGUAAGGUUCUCAUGGCAGUGAGUACAAAGAUGUCUGACGUCCGGGUUGCAGCAUCAUGUAGCCUGGUAGAAGUUUGCUAAUGUUUCAGAGACCUUUACGUCUUCCAUCAUCGGGGCAAUAAGUACUCAUCUACUUCUACCAGAUUACACGGCGCUACAACCCAGAAGACAGCCAUCUUCCUAUUUUAAAAAGACCAAUAACUUAAACUCACUGGUCAACUCUGUGUUCAUAAAUAAGACUUAUCAGUACAUAAGGAAUUAAAAAUAAAAAUGUAUACACAUGGAAUUUUUAUAGAAAUUAACAAAUCAUAACCAUUAAAUUAUUUGGUUAU